UGCCCAUCAUUGUUGUCUGUGGGAUGAAUAGACCCCAUCAUUGGUGUUCUAGUUGGAGGAAUACGAGCCCCAUCAUUGGUAUCAGUGGGAGGAAUAGUUGUCUCAUCAUUGGGUCGUCAGUUGGAGGAAUAGUGCCCCAUCAUUGGUGUCAGUGGGAGGAAUAUUGCCCCAUCAUUGGUAACGUUGGGAGGAAUAGUUGCCCCAUCAUUGGUGUCAGUGGGAGGAUUAGUGUUCCAUCAUUGGUUGUCGGUGGGAGGAAUAGUUGCCCCAUUAUUGGUGUCAGUGGGGAGGAUAGUGCCCCAUCAUUGGUGUCGUUGGGAGAAUAUUGCCCCAACAUUGGUGUCUUGGUGGGAGGACUAGUGCCCCAUCAUUGGUAUCAGUGUGGAGAAAUA